CACAAUGUAGGAACUCGAAAUAUCGAACAGCUGAUAGAUAAAUCAUGUGGAAAACAAAUACUUUCGUCGCUAGGAUACCGUCUUGUUUAAAUGUGGCAAAUAAAAAUUUUUCGUGUCCGAUCUGAUUAAAUAUAAAAAUUGUCGAUAUAAUUAUAAUAGAAGGAAAUAAAUAAAUAAAUAAACAAAUAAAAGCAAUAACAAUAUAUUAAGAACGAGAUAAAUUUUUAUUAUCGUGAAAAAAUGCGAGAGAACCAAGGAACCUGAAAAUUAUUUUUUAAUCCUCGUCUUCAUUCGAGAAGCAAAUCUCGUAGAGGAAAAAAAAAUAUUUAAGAAAAAUUAAAAUUUAAAGAAUAAAAAAGAGGGAAAAAAUCAAUGACAUACGAGUGAACCGAUAAAGAAAAGUUAUCGUUAAUAUCGUCAUGAGCGGAAGAAGGAGACCAAAAAUCGAGGCUCUCAUUGUGAACGCGAUACGUAAACUUCAGGACGCACAGGGAUUGACUCCUCGAGAAAUCAGUAACUAUAUCACUCAGGAAUAUGACGUGCCUGGAACGGAAAUUAAAAAGCAAGUACAUCUUGCCCUUAAACGUGGCGUCUCCUACGGGAUCCUUCGGAAAUAUAAAGGAGGAUACUACACUUGCAAUCAGGAUUUUCUUAAAAAACAGCCGAUAAAUAGGAACGAGAUAAAUGAGUUUUCAUGUCCACCAAAACGACGACUAUGCAGACCGAGAAGACGACAAUCGCGAAGAAGAUGUAAAAGAGUUUGUCGAAAAAUACAACGAAGAAGAUCUGCAUGCAAGAGGAGACGGCCUAGAAGAAGAAGUGUUUGUAGAAGAAGGAAUAGAAGUAGAAGAAGAAAGAGGUCGGGACGAAGAUGCGGUACCUCGGAGUUUAACGAAAUGGAGGCAAUAUCGAAACAACCGAGACCGAACAGUGGAGACGACGAUGACAACAACUCAAGAAACGAGAGCAUAAGCGAUAGAUCUAGCCUGACAGAUCCGGAUGGAUCUAUGCAAGAUCCACGACCGAACACACCGCCUAGCACUCAUAUGGAAUGAUCAAAAUAUUGUAAAUCGAUUUUUUUCGAUUCGAAAUUAUUUUUCGAGAGAAAAUUUGAAGUUGCAUUGGUAACGAUAUUUCCAUUUUCCAUUUGUUCUUUUUUCUUCCUUUUUCUUUAUCUUUUUCUUUUUUUGUAUUUCUCUUUUUCCUUUUUUAUUAUUGAUUUUUUUUUUUAUUUUGUAUUCAUUUAUUUUGGUAAACAUUUUUCUAUUGUUCGAUUUUUUUUCUCCUUUUUUUUUUCUUUGUUAUUACCCUUUAAUUUUUCCUUUCUUUCCUUUUUUUUUUUUUUGCUUUUCGAGGAUUGAUCUAUUUAUU